GAUUUCCUUGAUAACCGGACACAUCAUUCUCACGAAGUGAGCAAACCGCGUAUACGUGCCCCAGGUACACGCUUCCGGUGAAUUCCCUCCGUGUGCGAUCCAUCAUCGCCCUUUCCUCUGUCAACCCUAAUCCUCACUAAGUCCAUGCAACUUUGAGUCAGCGACAGUUCUUUCUAUCUACCUGCACUGUGACCUGAUUGAAUCGUAGCUCCGAUGCACGCUGACAGCUGAGAAAGUUAGAGGGAACUCGUGUUUUCUUUGAGGUUCCCCGGUUUCCACACGUCGCCGACUUAAGUCGCUAAGUCGUGUAACUCCUCCCUCCGUUCCAUCGGAAAAAUUAAAACCAUUCACAAUGCUGGCCGCUGACUGCUUUUUCGGCCCCGAUGUUGUCAAGAGGACCCAACAAGGCAAUUAUGUGCCUGUUCGACCGGAUCACUUUGCCGGUGUCUCUGUGGCUUUAUUCUUCGCCAAGGCAGGCCACUCCAAAUGUGCGCAGAUAGUCCCCGUUGUCAGACAGUUUUACAAAACCACAAACUUCAGCGGUGAGAAGGCGGUAAUUGAAAUCAUCUACGUCAGCCUGGACAAAGAUGAGCAGGACUUCGAACGAGUUCGAGCUCUGAUGCCGUGGUGCAGUGUUGAGUACAAGUCCUGUUUACGGAAGAAACUGAUUGAGCGAUACCGUGUGCCGAAUGGCGAGCUUGCGUUUGGCACAGUUCGGAUCCCAUCGACAGCCAUCCCUCUCCUGAUUGUUAUCGGUCCCAACGGAGAGGAAGCGGGAAGAAUGAAUUUCCAACAGUCCGACGAAUUCGUUUUGCAGCGCUGGGACUACCGUUUCAACAAAUGGCCUGGUUCGGCUCAGCGACUGCGCACUCUCAAUGACGCGACCGAUCCUUGGAAAAAACGGUUGCCUCAGAAUGUGUAGAUGACACGCGGACAGUCCCACGUUGAGGACGAGAUUGAAAGAUGAUCCCGAGGUGUAAAGCAACUCACUUCCUCCACAUACCAAAAAACUGCACAAACAGGAGAACAGAAGAUGUGUAUGCCCCUGCAGUGCAGCGAAGCAGAUGGACACAAAGGGGUAAUCGACUGUCGUCGCCGUAAGAUCUGACAGUGCGCUGCUUACUGGCAUCCAAAGAGGACUUGUCGGACAGAAAUACGAACCAGGAGAAGUGAGGAACUGGAGCACUGAGGGAGCCGGUGCUGCAAAAAUGAAGGGAGGCAAGCGGACACCCGAUAGAAGGCCGCCUUGGCACUGUCGUCGAAUGGAAUUCUACUUCAAGUGCUCAACGCGUGUACUUUUUGAACCGCCAGUGGCGCGAGCGAUAGGGGGGUAUUUUUUGACACACACAGCCGUUGAGUUUUUUGCGCACGUCGUUCCGUCCCUACAGUUCCGCCAACAGGUGCGGCCUGCUACACCCAGAUUGUCAACCGGGUACACCGAAAUAGGAGGGAUGAAGAAGUGGGGCUGAGGGGUCUUCGAUAAACUUGGGAAAACGACUUCCGAACCACCAAUAUAGAUUGGUACAGAGAAGUUACCAUAUCCUGCGUACAAAGCCGGCAUUAAUAACAUAAAGAUCAGAGCUAGACGUGUAAUGUAAUUGUCACAUUAUAAGUAGAUAUUAUCUCUGUACAAAUGGUCCGCGAACAGGAGUCCUUUGUUUGCACCUUGCCUCGUUACAUUCAGGCGCGUACCGUGAUAUUCGACUGCUUCACCCUGACAAGAUAGUAAGGGAGGACGCAGAUGAGAGACUUACUUUUUUCGUAGUCAUGGUGAGUUGCCCAAAACUCUAGGCGACAGGAAGACGCCUCCUGACGCUUUCGAUUUGCUUGUUCCCUGAAAGUGGCAGGUGCCGAUGAAUUUCGUCCGGUGUGAGGUCUCGUCUCUUUUAGCACGUCUCGCACUCUUCCUUUGAGGGUUGCGCAUAUGCACAAACGAGUGUUCUUUAAAGAAGAAUGCUGAAAAGCCUCUUUCGUCACGAAAAACAACUAUUCAUUUUGAGGAUAGAGGAGCUGGAAAGGUG